AUGUUGCGACCAUUUACGCGAUCUACAUGCAGAGUAGCAGCGAUUCAAAGACGGUUUAUCUCAUCUAAGGGCUCCAAGCUCUUGAAGCCCGCCACAGAGCUACAUACCUCAUUAGCCUCUAACCAGGCACUUGCCGGGGUCAACGGAGGACUUGGCUUUCUGAAAUCUUCGCAAGUGAGCAUGUCACCGGGAUUUGAUCCUUAUGAUAUGUCACAUGCAUCCGCUGUCAAGAGUAUGACUCAGUCCCGAGACGUUAUGCAAUUGUGGUCUUUACUGGAAGCUUGCCUGUAUUCCAAAUAUAUGAAUAGAGCUUUUGCGAUCUUGCAAUCGCUCUAUAUGGUUAGCUCGCAUAGACCUUAUUUCAUCGAUGACUAUAACAUGUAUUUGGCAAGCUAUGUACAAAACGGAUUUGCACACUCGAUCGCAGACCUCGAUCGAAAACUAUCGACCGAUUUACAGGAGAAGUUCCCUGCUUGUGAGUACGAUGACAAGACGCUAGCUAUUAUGAUCCACAAUGCCCUGCGGUCCGGUGAGAGCAGUGAUACGGUUGGAAAUAGCAUCCACACUUACUUGAGGAUGAACAUGAAAGGUGUUAAAAGCAUUAUGUCCCAUGUUGAUAUUUUGACUGUGAGCGACUAUAAAGCACUUUUAGAGGAAUUUGAUGUGAUAAAAGUAUAUGAGGUCCCAGAGACAGUGAGGUCGCUAGUGGAAAAAGAAGUUACCCAGGGCGCUACAGAUACAGAGUUGGUUGUCGAAUCAGAUCAUAGCAUUUCCACAGAACAGGAGCCCACUUCUGCAUCCACCGAAAGCCAGCUUGCUGAGUCAAUCAAGCCUCGCAGUGCGCUUGAAAGUACGAAUAGUGAGUCAUGGCUGAGCUUAGACGAGACCGUCAAACCUUUGGAAAAGGAUGCGGCUAAGUUGACUGCUGUGGAUACCCUCGGGAUGAGAGUAGUGCGGCAUACGUUGCUGGGGCUUAACUUAAACGAACAGCAGAGACAAAAUAUUGCACAGUUUCAUUUUAAAGCAGACGAGAAUCUGCUGAAUUUGGAUCAGAAGAAGAGCAUAGAUUUUUUCGAAGUGUACCGCUCGCUCAAGAGUGAUGCAGAGAGGUCAGAAUUUGAGAAGAGCCUAGAUCAAUUCAAUCAGGAAAGACAGAGAGCUUUAGAAAGCCGUGCCACAGAUGCUGCAAAGGAGCGUUGGAAGCAUGAUUUCGAAGAAGCUAGAGCAAGAGGUGACAUUUCCAUAGAAAAACGAUUGAAUGUCAAACUAUGGAAAUGGUAUAAUGCAAUGUUGCCACUACUCAAGGAAGAAGUAAAGUUUUGUUCCGAAGUAAUGUCAGGAAAACCUCCGUCAAGACGUCUCAGCUCAGGGGAGAUCAAGCAAAAUAAGACAAGACAAGACUAUGGCGCUUACCUGUCAUUAGUUGACCCAGAAAAGAUGUGUGUAAUCACUAUACUGGAAUUACUGAAACUCAACUCAACUGGCGGUGUCAUCGAGGGUAUGAGGACGGCUAGAGCAGUUAUCGCAGUAGGUAAGGCUAUAGAAAUGGAAUUUCGCUCUGAACAGUUGUUGAAGAGUGAGCUUCAAAUUUUCAAAGACGUCAACAGAAAAUCGCACGAGUUCAAGAAAUAUGUCCAAAGGGCAAAGAAUAGUUUCAGAUCAAUUAAAAUUGAAGAAUCAAAAGUGGUUUGGCCGCAGGCUGCUCGAGCCAAGAUUGGAUCCAUAAUGAUCUCCAUGCUAAUUCAUGUUGCAAAAGUUGAUCUUGAAGGGAUAGACCCUGUCACAAAGCAAAAGGUGCAUGGUGAAGCACCUGCCUUUUCUCACGGUUAUCAAUAUCACAACGGGUCUAAGUUGGGUGUGCUUAAGAUUCAUAGAUCUCUAAUUCAUCAAUUAAAUGGAGAAAGAUUAGUCGCUUCAGUACAGCCCCAACUAUUACCUAUGUUGGUUAAACCAAGACCAUGGAAGAGCUGGAACUCGGGAGGCUAUUACUAUACUCAAUCAUCUUUGAUUAGAUCGAAGGACUCUCCAGAACAGAUGGCGUAUUUGAAGGCUGUUUCAAAUGCCGGUGCCAUUGAUACAGUUUAUCAAGGUUUGAACGUUCUGGGGGAAACAGCAUGGACUGUUAACAGGAGGGUAUUUGACGUCAUGUCUGAAGUUUGGAAUAGUGGGAAGGAUUUCUUGGAAAUUCCAGGAAUUCAGGAGAAACUGGAUCUCCUACCUGCUCCACCUAGAGAGUCCGAUCCAUCUGUACACAGAGAAUGGAAACUCAAGAAUAAAGAGAUAGCUAACAAGUUCUCCAGUAACAGAUCAGUCAGAUGUGACUCCAAUUACAAGUUGGAAAUUGCUAGAGCGUUCUUGGGCGAGAAAUUUUAUUUCCCACAUAAUUUAGACUUCCGUGGGCGUGCAUACCCAUUGUCUCCUCAUUUCAAUCAUUUAGGUAACGAUAUGAGCAGAGGAUUACUAAUCUUUUGGAAGGGAAAAAGGUUGGGACCAAGAGGCUUAAAGUGGCUAAAAGUACAUCUGUCCAACUUAUUCGGUUUUGACAAAGCACCUUUAGCAGAUCGUAUUGCGUAUGCGGAGGCCCAUCUAAAGGAUGUCAAACGCAGCGCUGAGGACCCUCUAGCUGGUGAUGGAUGGUGGAUGAAAGCCGAUAAACCAUGGCAAGCACUGGCAACCUGCAUCGAAAUAAAUGAAGCUUAUAAGUUGCCCAAUCCCGAAGAUUUUAUCUCCCAUCAGCCCGUUCAUCAGGAUGGUACGUGCAAUGGUUUACAACAUUAUGCUGCUCUUGGUGGUGACAUCGAAGGUGCCACUCAAGUCAAUUUGGUCCCCAACGACAGACCACAGGACGUUUACGCGCAUGUCGCAAAAUUAGUUCAAGCAAGACUGGAAGCAGCUGCUGCUAAAGGCGACGAACAAGCCGAAACUUUGAAAGAUAAAAUUACUAGAAAGGUUGUCAAGCAAACCGUUAUGACGAAUGUCUACGGUGUUACUUAUGUUGGUGCAACAUUCCAAAUCGAAAAGCAACUUUCACACAUUUUUGAUGAUCGGACAUACUCAUUAGAGCUUUCGAAGUACUUAACUAAACAUGUGUUUGCUGCAGUCCGUGAGUUGUUCCAUGGUGCACAUUUGAUCCAGGAUUGGCUAGGUGAGUGUGCGAAGAGAAUAUCAAAAUCGAUCAGAUUAGAUGUGGAUGAAAAAUCUUUCAAAAAUGGUAACAAACCUGAUUUCAUGUCAUCUGUUAUUUGGACAACUCCAUUGGGGCUUCCAAUCGUACAGCCUUAUCGGGAAGCUAGUAAGAAACAAGUGACAACUAAUCUUCAAACAGUCUUCAUCAGCGACCCCUUCUCUGUGAAUCCAGUAAACGCUAGAAGGCAGAAGGCUGGUUUCCCACCAAACUUCAUCCAUUCCUUGGACGCUUCUCACAUGCUGUUGUCUGCAGCGGCUUGCGGAGAAGAAGGUCUAGACUUUGCAUCUGUCCACGAUUCCUACUGGACUCACGCUUGUGACGUUGACCAAAUGAAUUCAUGUUUGAGAGAACAAUUCAUCAAGCUUCACGAGGUUGAUCUGAUAGAAAGAUUGAAGAAUGAAUUCGAUGAACGUUACAAAAAUUAUGUUCAAAUCGCCAAGAUUGAUAAGCAAUCCGAACUGGCAAAAAAGAUUAUCGCAAUAAGAUCAAACUUAUCCGUUAAGCUAGGCAAGCCAGCAACUCUCGCAGAUGAGAUUUACAUGGAAAAGAGGAGGACUCAGUUACUGGAAUCUGAGGAUCCCGAAGAACAAGAGAUCGGUAGAAACAUGGAAACCACAGUCUCCGUGACUGAAUUGAUAGACAACCUAGAAGAAUUGGAAGUCAAGAAGACUGGCACCACCACAUUAAUGAUCUUGGUACCAAUGAGACUACCACAAAUUCCUCCCAAGGGGAAUUUUGACGUUCAAGAUUUGAGAAACAGUAAAUACUUUUUCUCUUAG